GAUGCAUAUGCAUACUAAAAAUAAAAGAGAGCUUGAGGACUCACAUGAUCAACGAGCGUCCACCACUUAUGGGCCUGAUGAGGAAGGAAGCAUGCAAAAAAAGUCUGAGGAGAAGUAUCCAGCUUCUCAACAGAGCCUUCUGAAAAAUUGGCCAUUGAUGUCAUCUAUCAUUGUCUACUGUGUUUUCCAGCUUCAUGAUAUGGCUUAUACAGAGAUUUUUUCAUUGUGGGCUGUUAGUCCCAGGAAAUAUGGGGGAUUGAACUAUACGACUACAGAUGUUGGUGAAGUUCUUUCUAUUACAGGCUUUGGUCUAUUAUUCUUUCAACUAUUUGUAUACCCCGUGGUGGAGAGGAUAUUUGGGCCCAUCAUGGUAUCUCGCAUUGGAGCUGUCUUGACCAUACCAUUGCUGUCAAGUUACCCUUUCAUAUCUAUGCUUUCUGGCCUCAGCCUCACACUACUGGUUGACUGUGCAUCGAUAUUGAAGAAUGUGCUCGCUUGGUCGGAGUGUUCUGUCUUCUCCGGCGAGCUCCGGCAAUACUCCGGCGAGUAUCCGGCGAUACUCCGGCGAAGGUCCGGCGAGCCUCCGGUGACUUUUUCUGUUCUGUUUUUCAGUGUUUUUCUUGUGUUUUUAAGUACUGCCGGCCAGUUCUGUGUGUUUCUGGCCAGUUUUGAAGCCCCGACGAAGUUCUGGCAUAUUUCCAGCAAAGCUCCGGCAAAGUUUUUUGUUUUUCCGGUAUCUCACUGA